AUGGAUAGAAUUCACUUUGAAGUCAACGGAGUGCACUGCUCAGUGGGCAGUGAGGUGAGCUCCUCUACAACCCUGCUGGAGUAUCUCCGGAGAUAUCUGGAGCUGCGCGGUACCAAGUACAUGUGUUUGGAGGGAGGAUGUGGAGCCUGUAUCGUGAACGUCACAAAACAUCCUGGAGGAGAAUCCCAAGGAGUCAACUCUUGCAUGGUACCUAUAACAUCAUGUAACGAGUGGAAUAUAACAACAAUUGAGGGCAUCGGGAAUCGUCUGCACGGCUACCAUCCAAUUCAGGUGACACUGGCUGAAAACAACGGCACACAGUGUGGCUACUGCAGUCCAGGAUGGGUCAUGGCUAUGUACAGUAUUCUAAAAAAUAAAAAACCGACGAUGUUGGAAGUAGAGCAGUCAUUUGGAAGCAACAUCUGCCGGUGUACUGGAUACAGACCCAUCUUAGAGGCGUUCAAGAAGUUCGCUUCAGAUGCUCACGAUGUAUUAGAUAUCGAGGACCUAGAAAUAUGUAAAAAGUCUGGUCGACCGUGUGCGAAGAAUAGUUGUGACGAAUCUGAUUGGUGUUUAUUAUCUAAAAACGAACUUAAUGGAAAACUACUGCACAUUAUAUUAAAUGAUAACAGGGACUGGUUCAAAGCGACGUGUAUAUCUGACAUAUUUGAAAUUUUCCAAAAAUGGGGAACUGAGUUUUAUAUGCUUCUGGCUGGAAAUACAGGGAAAGGCGUUUUUCCAAUAUUAGAGUAUCCAAGAGUAUUGAUAAAUGUAAAUGAUGUCAAGGAAUUGAGGCAACAAUAUAUUGACCAAAACUUAGUGAUUGGAGGAGCGACGACCCUCACAGAACUGAUAAAUAUAUUCGAUACAGUGGGUCACACUGAAUACUUUGGAUAUCUGCUGGUAUUGAAAGACCACUUAGAGGAAGUGGCACACAUUACUAUAAGAAAUAAUGCAACAGUUGCUGGUAAUCUUAUGCUGAAGAAUUUUCACCUCGAUUUUAAAUCCGACAUUUUCAUACUUUUUGAGACUGUUGGUGCACAACUUACUAUAUUAACUAGUCCUGUUGAAAAAAAAAUCAUCACAAUGCAAUCGUUCCUUUCAGAAAAUAUGAAUGGCAAAAUAAUAUUAAAUGUCCUACUUCCACCGCUGAGUACUGAAAACAAGAUUGUAACUUUUAAAAUUACGCCACGAUCUCAAAACGCCCAUGCUCUCGUCCAUGCUGGAUUUCUUUACAAAGUGGAUCAUGCUGAAAGAGUCCUAGAUAGUAGAAUUGUUUACGGAGGACUUUCGCCAACAUAUACCAGAUCUUGGAAAACUGAAAAGUAUCUUGUUGGCAAAUCGCUAUUUCGGAAUGAAACGUUGCAAGGAGCUUUAAAAAUUUUGGACUCAGAGCUGUUGAUAGUUGAUUGCUUACUAGAUCCGCCAAUACAGUAUAAACAUCAAGUGGCAUUGGCACUAUUUUAUAAGGGUCUACUUUCGUUAUGUCCACAAGACAGGUUAAAUCCCCGUUAUUUGUCUGGGGCAAGCAAAAUUCAUAAGACGAGACCAGUGUCUGAAGGAACUCAAACAUUCGAUGUAAAUCCCGCUCUGUGGCCUCUAAACCAACCAAUACCGAAACUUGAGGGUUUGAUCCAAUGUGCCGGGGAAGCAAAAUACUCUGAAGACAUUCCAAGAUGUCCAGGAGAAGUUUUUGCAGCAUUUGUUUUAACAACAGUAGCUCUAGGAAAAAUUACACAUAUAGAUGCCAGCCUUGCUUUGGAGGAACCAGGAGUAAUAGCAUUUUAUACAGCAGCAGAUAUCCCAGGCAGAAAUAGUUUUAUACCUGCUGUUAAUGCAUAUAACACAGCUGAUGAAGAAUUCUUGUGCAACGGAGAAGUUAAAUAUUUUAAUCAGCCCCUUGGAAUUAUUGUUGCCGAAUGUCAAAGCAUUGCAGACAAAGCUGUACAUCUUGUACAAGUUAUUUAUACUGAUAUAAAGAAUCCGGUUCUUGACAUCAGGGUUGCCAAACAUGAUCCCUCAAAACUGAAAUUGUUUCAAACGACAAACGCAACUUCUGCUGGUACAGAUAUCGCUAAAGUAAUUAAAGGUGAACAUAGUAUCUAUACACAAUAUCCCUUCACUAUGGAAACUUUGGUAACUGUGACACAUCCUACAGAAGAAGGUUUCAGAAUAUACGCAGCAACACAAUGGAUGGAUUCAGUUCAUGUAGUGAUUUCAAGAGCUCUUCUACUAGAUGAAAAUAGAAUAGAUAUUCAUGUCCGUCGUUUGGGUGGUGGGUAUGGCUACAAGUUAUCAAGAGUUACACAAGUGGCUUUAGGAAGUGCUUUGGUUGCAUAUAAACUCAAUCGACCUUGUCGUUUCAUACAAAGCCUUAGUACUAAUAUGAGAGCUACCGGGAAACGAUUUCCAUGUUCUACAAGUUUUGAGAUUUCCGUAAACAAAGCAGGACUAAUACAAUCAUUGGAUUAUGAGCUUUUUAGUGACAAUGGUUACAUCGUAAAUGAAACUUUACUAAAUCUGGGUGUUGGUUUGUAUAACAAUGUUUACAAAAAUAAAACUUGGACCUAUAAAUCUUAUAACGCCAUAACUGAUACGCCCUCAAAUACAUGGUGUAGAUCUCCAGGUACUUUGGAACAUGUUGCAAUGUCUGAAUUAUUAAUGGAAAGAAUCGCUUAUGAGAUGAACUUAGAUCCGCUUGAUGUUCGUCUAGCAAAUUUGGAUACAACAAAAUAUAAUGAUAUACUUGAAAUGCUUGAAACAUUGAAAACUAAUUCACAAUAUGAAGAACGUAAAAUAAGAGUAGAUAAAUUUAAUAAUGAAAAUAGAUGGAAGAAACGUGGUUUGAGAUUUUCGUUUUUGAGAUGGGAUCCCAUUGGAACGCAUUAUUUAGAUGUAAACAUGUGUGUUUAUUACGAUGAUGGCACCGUUGCUAUAACACAUGGUGGAAUAGAAAUAGGACAAGGAAUAAACACCAGGUCAAUCCAAAUAGCAGCUUAUUUUCUUAAUAUCCCCAUAGAGAAAAUUCAAGUGAAACCUAAUGAUACUGUUAUUUCACCUAAUGCAGGUGGAACUGGUUUGAGUAUAACGGGUCAAAAUGUAGGAAUAGGUGUUCAAAGAUGUUGCGAAGAAUUGCUUAGAAGACUUGAACCAGUUAAAGCUCAGUUAAAUAACCCAACUUGGGAGGAAUUGGUGAAAAAAGCUUAUGAAAUGAAUGUUGAUUUACAAGUACAUGAUUUAGUGAAUGCUAAAGAUGAACAGAAGUAUAGUAUAUAUGGUAUAACACUAGCCGAAGUUGAAAUAGAUGUUCUGACUGGUGAAUGGGAAAUAAAAAGAGUUGAUCUAAUUGAAGACGUAGGUAGAAGUGUUAACCCUGAUUUGGAUGUCGGUCAAAUCGAAGGUGCUUUUAUAAUGGGCGUCGGUUACUGGACUAGUGAGAAUAUCAUUUACGAUCCAGAAAGUGGAGAAAUUCUCACGGACCGUACAUGGGAGUACUGGGUGCCGGGUGCAAGGGACAUUCCUCAGGACUUCAGAGUUUAUUUCAGAGAAAAAUCUUUCAGUACAGCCAAAAUUCUGGGAGCUAAAGCAACUGGUGAACCUGCGACUUGUAUGGGAAUCUCCGUAGCAUUUGCUAUGAGAGCAGCUAUAACUUCAGCACGUAAAGAAUCAGGAAUGCUUGCAUGGACUCAAAUUGAUGGUCCUUUCACUGUUUAUAAAAUAGCUUUGGCAUGUGCCUCACACUUUGAAGAUUUUCGAUUUUACUAA